AUGACAGUAGGUGCUAGUGCUCCUGGGAAACAGAGUCUUUGUCGCUUAAAAACACCACUGAUUCCAGCCGAAGAAUCUACCCUCAGGAUUGUUCUGUUUGGGAAAAGUGAAGACAUGAAGACCAAAUUUGUUACUUUUGUGAUUGGUCAGCAAAAUUACCACUCCCAAAAACAUCCCCAAAACAAACAAUGUGCUGCCAUCAAAGGAGAGUGGAGAGGAAAACCACUAACAGUGGUGAAAACUUCAGACCUGUUUAACUUGUCAAUGGAAGCAGUGAGAGAAGAAAUGAAAAUCUGUGUGUCUCUUUGUCCACCUGGACCAAAUGUUCUUCUGCUGUUGGUGAAACUGUCAGAUUUCACUGAGGAGGACAGUCAAACACUGAGGUCCAUCCUGAGUUUGUUUGGUCCAGAUGCCUUCAAACGCUCCAUGGUCGUCUUAAAACGCAGGGACAAAAAAAUGAGAGUCCAUGUUACAGAGCUCCUGAAAGACUGUGGAGGAAGACACUACAACAUGUCUGAAGAAGACCACAGUGUUUUAAUGGGGAAGAUUGAAGAAACUAAAGACAACAGCCGUGUUCCUCUGUCCACAGUCAUUAAACCACCUUUAAACCUGGUUCUGUGUGGGAACAGAAGAUCAGAGAAAACUUCAGCAGCCAGGGCCCUUCUAGGUCUGACUGAGCUUUGUUCAGGUUCUUCAGAGUUUGUUAAACAUCAGGUGGAGGUCUGUGGACGUCAGGUUUCUGUGGUGGAGCUGCCUGUCCUGAAUGGAAGACCUCAGGAAGAAGUGAUGAAAGAGUCACUCCAGUCCAUCUCCCUCUGUGAACCUGAGGGCGUCCACGCCUUCAUCCUGGUCCUACCAGUGGGUCCACUCACCGAUGAAGACAAGGCAGAGUUACAGACCAUCCACAACACAUUCAGCUCUCGAAUCAGGGACUUCACUGUGAUUCUAUUCACUGUGGAGUCAGAUCCUAAAGCUCCAGCUGUGGUGGACUUGGUAGAAAACAAUAGAGACAUCCAGGAGCUGUGUCAGAAAUAUGGAGGAACAUCUGUCAUUCUCAACGUCAGAGACAAACAGCAGGUCUCCGAGGUGUUGGACACUGUGGACAGAAUGAGAAUGUCCAAGGACAAACCGUCCUACACAGCAGAAACAUUUGGACAAGUCCAAAUACAGAAGAUCACUGAGCUACAGGCUGAAAUUAAAGAUCUGAAAAACAGACGCCAAAACCCCUGUGAUGAAGAUAAACAGAGUCCAGAUUGUCUGAGGAUUGUGUUGAUUGGAAAAACCGGCAGUGGAAAGAGCUCCUCAGGAAACACCAUCCUGGGAAGAAAAGAGUUUAAAGCUGAAUCAAGUCAAAAAUCAGUCACUAAAGUUUGUCAGAAAGCAGUAGGUCAGGUGGACGGUUGUUCUGUCGCUGUAGUCGACACUCCUGGUCUGUUUGACACAGACCUGACCAAUAAGCAAGUUCAGAAGGAGAUGGUGAAAUGCAUCAGUCUUCUGGCUCCAGGACCACAUGUCUUCCUGUUGGUGUUCCAGAUCGGCAGAUUCACAGAACAAGAAAAAGAGACAGUAAAACUCAUCAAAGAAGGAUUUGGGAAGAAUGCUGAAAAGUUCACCAUCAUCCUUUUGACACGUGGAGAUAACCUGAUGGAUGAGGGGAAGUCAAUUGCUGAAUACAUAAGAGACAAAUGUGAUGAUUCAUUUAAGAAGCUGAUCUCUGACUGUGGAGGAAGAUACCAUGUGUUCAAUAACAGAGAUAAAAACCACACACAGGUCAAUGAGCUGAUGAAGAAGAUCGACUCCAUGGUGAAAGAAAACGGAGGAAGCUGCUUCACUAAUGAGAUGCUUCAAGAGGCUGAAGCAGCGAUACAGAAAGAGAUGGAGAGACUGUUAAAGGAGAAAGAAGAAGAGAUGUGGAAAAAGCAGAAGGAAGAGCUGAAAACAAAACAUGAGAAAAUGAUGGAAAUGAAAAGACGAAUGGAAGAACAAAGAGAAGAAACUGAAAGACAGAGAAAACAGAGAGAAAAAGAACUGAAAGAAAUAGAGGAAAACAUUAAGACAGAACGCAAACAAAGAAAGAAAGAACAGAAAGAGAGAGAAGAGGAAGACAGAAGAAAGAAAGAACAAGAUGAACUUCAGCGACAGGAGUGGGAACAGAUACUUCAAGAUUUGGAAACAAAGAUAAAAUCAGUGUCAGAAUCUAAAGAAACUAUCGAUAGAAAACUGAAGGAGAGCAGAGAAACAAUGAGAAAACAACGAGAGGCCUGGGAGGAAGAAAGAACACGAGAAUGGAACAAACAAAAAGAAGAGGAGGAAGAAAGAAAAAGAGAGGAGGAAGGAAAACUUAGAAAGCUUCAAGAACAAUGUGAGGAAAAGAGACAAGAACAUGAAAGAAAAAUAAGAGAAGAUGAACAGAUCAGACGAGAAGAGGAAGAAAAACAGAGAAAAGACUUAGAGGAGAAAUAUCAGAGUGAAGUGAAAGAUCUGAAGAAAAAACAAGAAGAGGAGGCCAGAAAGAAAGCAGAAGAAUUCAACGAAUUCACAGAGAAACUUAGAAGGGAUUUCAAAACUGAGAAGGAAGAAUAUGUGAAAGAAUAUGACAUGUUAAAGGCUCUGUGUGUCCAAAAAGAAAAAGACUGGAUGAGAAAAUAUCAGGAGGAAAUCAACAAAUUGGUCAAAUGUAUAAAGAAGAAGAAAAACAAUCUGACAAAAAUCAUUGACUUACUGAGUAAACAGGAAAAAGAAAUGGAGAAUGUCGAAGAUCAGGAGGAAAAAGAAAAUCUGCACAAAAAACAUGAAGCAGAAGUAAAUGAAAUGACAGAGACACUUCUGAAGGAUGAGGACUCAUCUGAUAAAGGAGGACUACUUAUUCAUAUGAGGAGCCUCUUCGGUACCAGCACGCGCUUCCUGGUCCCUUACGUGAGUUUUUCCGAGGCUUACCAUUGUCUCCACCCUUGUCCUCGGUACCGGCGGCUUGGUGUUCUCCAUGCCGCGUUCCCAUGCCAUGACGGGACCCGGACCAUGAGGAGUCUGGGCUCUCCUCCUGUGUCUUCUCCAUUCUGGAGGUUUUCCACGUCUCGGUCUGGAAGUUUUUCACGUCCCAGUCUGGAGGUUCUUCAGCCCGUCAACCCUGAGGCUUUCCACACCAUUCUGCCAAGAGGCCGCCCACGCCCCGUCACCAAGAGGCCAUCCAUGCCCCGUUGCCAGGUUGCCCCAUUGCCAGGAUGCCCCGUUGCCAGGAUGCCACGUUUCUCAAGGGGCUCUGGACCUCGUGGGGGCUCUGGUCCUCGUGGGGGCACUAGUCCCUGUGGAGGGGUUGUUUCAUCUUUUAAGGACAUCAGGAGCCGUCCCUUAGGAGGGGGUCCUGUCACGGUCUGUCCCGGUGGGAUCACCAGCUCCUCCCUCUCUCCACAUAAUCACCCAUGA